AUGUUGGUCUCGUUGACCGUCGGCAAGGUCGACGCCGGCGUCACGGUGUUGCUGACCCCAGACAAACGCCUCAUCGAGUUCCCCUCAAUUCUUUUACCGCCCGACAUCGAAUCUGGCUCAAUCGUCGACAUCACCGUUUCGCGCAACACCGCCUCUGAGGACAAGGCCGAGCAGCUGUUUCGCGCGCUGCAGGACCGCAUCUACCAAUCCUUUGGGGCUGCCGAGCCCUCGCAGCCCGUCCUGCGAUGCCGUAACGCGACGCAGACGUCUGUCGUGCUCGAGUGGGACCCCAUCCAGCUCGCCACGGCAGACCUCAUCAGCCUGGCGCUGUACCGCAACGGCCAGAAGGCUGGAAACAUCCCGCGGCCCAUGAACAUGCACAGCACCAAGAUCAGCGGCCUGGCCGUCGACACCGAGUACACCUUCCACCUGGUCCUGCGUACGACCGCGGGCACGUUUAGCUCUGAAAAGGUGACGGUCAGGACACACAAGAUGACGGACCUUAGCGGCAUUACAAUCACCACAGGCAUCCUGCCGGCGUCGAUGCGGGAAGGACUCGCUGCAGCCGUGGAGCGGAUCGGUGCCAAGAUGGUGGACAGCGUCCGCAUCGACACGACGCAUUUCGUCACAACUGAGGGCAGGGGUAUCCAGUGGGAGAAGGCCGUGGAGAUGAACAUACCGGUUGUCAGACCGGAGUGGGUCGAGGCAUGUGAGAAGAAUGGCCGGAUUCUGGGAGUCACCAAGUUCUACCUCGACGCCAUGCAACCUGUUCCCGGCGGCGGCAUGGGUGCGCCUGGUGGGGGUGGCGUUGCCCAGGAGCGUUCGGCGCCUCCUGCUGCAGCCGCCGCCGCCGCCGCACAAACACCCGCGUCUGCUACGUCUGCGGCCGCCGCACACAAGGAUCUGCCACCCACGCCGGCCGCCGCAGCUGGGCCCUCGGGCGGCAGUGGGGAGAAUGGCAACGAAGAAAGCAGCGCGGCCGCGGCCGGAUAUCAGCCCGCGCAUAGUCAUCAAGAAGCCGAUGACUCGGACGCAGCAACUAGAGAUAAAGAGACUGGAGGCCGACGUGACGAUGACAGUUCUUCCGAUGAUGACAGCGAGGAUGAAAAGGCAGAAGAAAAGUCCAAGUUGGCGGCCCAGGAUGAGCAGAAGUCACGAACCGAGGACAUAGCACUGCGGCCGACGGCGCUGAUGCCGUCCAGAUCCCUAGACGAUGACAAUGAUAAUAGUAGAGGGGACGAGUCAAAGGUCACUUCACCCGGUGACGGGAAUUCUUUCCAGGAUGUUGCAUUAUGA